GGGAGCGCGGCUGGCGGGGCCGCUCCCGCUGCCGGACUACAACUCCCAGCAGGCGGCGGGGCCGGACGGGGCGAGGAGGAGCCGAAGAAGGCCGAAGCGGGGCCGAAGCGGGGCCGAAGCGGGGCCGAAGCGGGGCCGAAGCGGGUGAGGGGCAGCCCGGUAGAGCAGCAUCCCCGCCAAGAUGAACGCGGUGCUGGCGGUCCGGCAGUACGUGUCCAAGAUGAUCGAGGACAGCGGCCCCGGUAUGAAGGUGCUGCUGAUGGACCGGGAGACGACCGGCGCCGUGAGCGUGGUGUACACCCAGUCCGAGAUCCUGCAGCGAGAGGUUUAUCUCUUCGAACGCCUCGACUCGCCCAACAGGGAGCCCAUGAAGCACCUCAAGGCCAUCUGCUUCCUGAGGCCCACCAAGGAGAACGUGGAGCUGCUGGUGCAGGAGCUGCGAAGGCCCAAGUACAGUGUCUACUUCAUCUAUUUCAGCAACGUCAUCAGCAAGAGCGAUGUGAAGGCCUUGGCUGAGGCCGAUGAGCAGGAGGUCGUGGCUGAAGUCCAGGAGUUCUAUGGCGACUACAUUGCUGUGAACCCACACGUCUUCUCCCUGAACCUGCUGGGCUGCUGUCGGGGCCGCAGCUGGGACCCGGCUCAGCUCACCAGGACAACCCAGGGGCUCACUGCUCUGCUGCUGUCCCUGAAGAAGUGCCCCAUGAUCCGCUACCAGCUCUCCUCGGAGCCAGCAAAGCGCUUGGCCGAGUGCGUGAAGCAAGUGAUCACGAAGGAGUACGAGCUGUUUGAUUUCCGGCGCACCGAGGUCCCUCCCCUGCUCCUCAUCCUGGACCGCUCGGACGAUGCCAUCACCCCACUGCUGAACCAGUGGACGUACCAGGCCAUGGUCCACGAGCUGCUGGGCAUCAACAACAACCGCAUCGACCUGUCCCGCGUGCCGGGGAUCAGCAAGGACCUGCGGGAGGUCGUCCUGUCAGCUGAGAACGACGAGUUCUACGCCAAUAACAUGUACCUGAACUUCGCCGAGAUUGGCACCAACAUCAAGAACCUGAUGGAGGAUUUCCAGAGGAGGAAGCCAAAGGAGCAGCAGAAGCUGGAGUCCAUAGCAGAUAUGAAGGCCUUUGUGGAGAACUACCCUCAGUUCAAGAAGAUGUCAGGCACAGUGUCCAAGCACGUGACAGUGGUGGGGGAGCUGUCCCGGCUGGUGGCGGAGCGGAACCUGCUGGAGGUGUCAGAGGUGGAGCAGGAGCUGGCCUGCCAGAGUGACCAUUCCAGUGCCCUCCAGAGCGUGCGGCGGCUGCUGCAGAGCCCGCGGGUGUCGGAGCUGGACGCGGCGCGGCUGGUGAUGCUCUACGCGCUGCGCUACGAGCGCCACGCCAGCAGCGGCCUCCCGGCGCUGCUCGAGGAGCUGCGCGGCCGCGGCGGCAGCGACAGGUACCGCAAGCUGGUGUCUGCCGUGGUGGAGUACGGAGGGAAGCGGGUCCGAGGCAGUGACCUGUUCAGCCCCAAGGAUGCCGUGGCCAUCACCAAGCAGUUCCUCAAAGGCCUGAAGGGCAUCGAGAAUGUGUACACCCAGCACCAGCCCCUGCUCCAGGAAACCCUGGACCAGCUCAUCAAGGGAAAGCUCAAGGACAGCCAGUAUCCCUACCUGGGCCCCAACACACUCCGGGACAGGCCUCAGGACAUUAUUGUGUUCCUCAUUGGAGGGGCCACCUACGAGGAGGCUCUGGCUGUGUUCAACCUGAACCGCUCCAACCCCGGCGUCCGCAUCGUCCUGGGUGGGACCACCAUCCACAACACCAGGAGCUUCCUGGAGGAGGUGACAGCCGCAGGAUUCCGCGGUCGAGGCACCGACAGCUCCCAAAUCCCACCGAGGUCCAGCAGCCGACGGUGAAUCCUGAAGGAAUGAGUAUUUUUUGAACAUUCAGGGCUUUCCCAGAGCAGAGCAGGAUGUUCCUGCCCUGCGGCUGGAGCUUCCCCUCCACAGCCAGAAUGGCAGCGAAUGCUGGAGCUGGCACUAGCCCAAGGGCAAGGAUGUGUCCCCACUGCAGCUCCUCACUGUCCCCUCACAAACAGCUCCAGGACUGGGAUGUCACCUGAGGAGAGCCUGGGAAAGCCCUUGAAUCCCUGCAGCCCCUGCUCUUGACAGGACACACUGGAUGAGUCCCAGGAGGAGCCCAGGGAUGCUGCCCCAUGCAGGGGGAGCAGCUGUGGGGCUGUGGCUGGUGGGCACAGGAGCCCUUUGCUGUUGUCUGUAUAUGUUGAAUCCUAUUAAAUCCCCCACUUUGGCCGAAGUUGUCUGCUAGAUGUUCCGACUUUCCCUUUCCCGAGGCCACAAGGUGCAGUUACAGCCUGAGCCUCUGUGGGGGCUUUGCUCCCCUCCAGGACCACACCAAGGAACCUGCAAGUGUGUUUCCAGCUCUGCUCCCUGGCCUCUAAUCAGCACUUGAUUGGGAAUUAACAAGCCAGAUCAAAUGAAAUGAGCUCCUAAAUCCCUGGGAAUUAUCUUGGCAUCACAACUAAGUCCUGUUGAUGUGGGAGAGAGCAAAGCCCUGCAGGGAGGAGGGGACCUGACCCCGGGGGGGCUCUCUGAGGAAAGGAGGGGAGCACACAGCCUGUGCUGGGGGGAAUUUCUCUGCCCACAGCCAGGAGUGGAACUGGCUGGGCACCUGUGAGGUGAAUUUUGGGUUAUUGGGACAGGCAGAGCUGCAAGAAUUCCCUCUUACAGGUGACUCAGGCGUCUGAGACCCCAACUUUUCUUUAAAAGGGGAGCUGAGUCACAGCUGGCAGAGGAUACUGGGCAGCCCCCUGCCCCAUCCACUCCUCCAGCAGCCCCUUCCCCAGACAGCAGGGCUGUAACUGUUGUCAGAGACACAGAAAAGCACGUGUCCUAAUUAAACUGCACUCACCUUCCAGGCAGCAGCUUCACACUUGAUAUCCAGAGGCAAAAUGCUGUGUGGGGGGUGUUAAAUACAUGAAUAAACCAAGAGUUUGCUGA